AUGAAGUUCUCUCACAGCAUCCAAUUCAACGCUGUUCCUGACUGGAGCAGCCACUACGUUGCAUAUAGCAACCUUAAGAAACUUAUCUACCAACUCGAGAAAGCUGUGCAUCAAGCACGGGCUGGCGACUCGGAAUCCAGACCUCUCAUAUCCAGCGAAGAUCCCACCGAAGUUUUCAGCAGAGCCCUUGGUGUUGAGCUCGAGAAAAUAUGCUCCUUCUAUGUUUCCAAAGAGGGUGAGCUUCUGGAAGAGGUCAAUCAACUCGUCAAGGAUGUUGGGGAGAGGCCAUCGACAGACGGAAACGAUUUGCGGCGCAUGUCGUCCGAGGAUGGGCAUCGCCCGCCUCUGCGGCGGACCAGCUUUUCUCGCGGCUCCGAUGACGACAUCGAGGAUAGCGCCAGCGACGAAGAUGUCGAUGAUGAGACUACCGUUCUCAACAAAGCCAGGAGCAGUGGCGGACGUCGAAGAACGGUUGCCAUUGCUGGCCACCACAUCACCGACGCGGCUGCUUCAUCCGAGUACGGCCGCUCCGCGCGCAGAUACAGCACCUACGAUGACUAUGGCGACCAAUCCAUCAUGUUCUCUUCUGCGCUAUUUUCGUCCGGCAUCAUGCUGAAAAAGCGCAUCAUCAGUCUCUACGUCCAGCUUUGCGAACUCAAGUCCUAUGCUCAACUGAACAAGACAGGAUUCAGCAAGGUUCUCAAAAAAUUCGACAAGAUUCUGGACAAGGAGCUCAAGGGUCCCUACAUGAAAGCUAAUGUUGACACAGCGUACCCGUUCAAGUAUGAGACGAAGAAGAUUGUCGAGGAGAACAUCGAAAAGAUGGAACAGGCAUACACAGAGGUUGUCACUGGCGGCGACCGAGAACUUGCCCAAAAGGAUCUGCGAUCUCACCUGAGAGAGCACGUUGUUUGGGAGCGCAAUACUGUGUGGAGGGAUCUCAUUGGAAUCGAGCGCCGCGCCGAAGCCGCUCGUUUCGGGCAAUCAUUCCUCGGGCAAGAUCAAACUGCAGUGCCGAAGCGAUUGCAGGGUGAUGACGAAGAGCGCGCGACAACAACACAGUUCAUAACCCCGCUGGGGAGACUUUCUAUACCAAGUUGGCUUGUAGGCUCAUCAUUUCUAACUCUCAUUGUCACUGUAGCCAUCUUCUGCGCCCUCCUGGCCAUUCCAAUCAUGGAGAAGCCAGAGGAGCAAAACUGCCUGGCUCUGCUGGUCUUUGUCAGCUUACUAUGGGCCACCGAGACAAUUCCUCUUUUUGUGACGUCACUCCUCAUCCCCUUCUUGUCCGUCGUCCUCCGAGUCGUUUGUGAUGAGAACAGCGCCGAGCAUGAGCGUCUUGAUGCGAAAGAGGCCACCAACUCAAUCUUUGCAGCCAUGUGGAGUCCUGUCAUCAUGUUGCUGCUCGGCGGCUUCACGCUAGCAGCAGCUCUUUCCAAAUGCAAGAUUGAUAAGCGCCUUGCAACGCUCAUUCUUAGCAAGGCUGGAACUCGGCCGGGGACAGUUCUCAUAGCCAACAUGUUCGUCGCUGCGUUUGCCUCCAUGCUGAUUAGCAACGUCGCUGCUCCCGUAUUGUGCUACUCCAUCAUCGAGCCAAUGCUCCGAACCUUACCCGCAGACUCAAACAUGUCCAAGGCUGUCAUUAUCGGUAUUGCUCUGGCGUCCAAUAUCGGCGGUAUGCUCUCGCCGAUUGCGUCUCCCCAAAAUGUCAUCGCCAUGGGCAUCAUGAAACCGGAGCCAAUGUGGCUGCAGUGGUUCUUCAUCGUCAUACCUGUUGGAGCUGUUUCCAUCGGACUCAUUUGGGCGCUGCUGUCGGUGACAUUUCAACCAGGCAAAGGAACCGUCAUUUCACCAAUUCGCCCGCUGAAGGAACAAUUCUCCGGAGUGCAAUGGUUCGUAUCCAUUGUCACUGUCCUGACCAUUGGUCUGUGGUGCGCAAGUCACCAGAUGGACCAUAUUUUCGGUGACAUGGGUGUGAUUGCAAUCAUUCCCAUAGUCCUAUUCUUCGGCAUUGGUGUCUUGACCAAGGAGGACUUCAACAACUUCCCGUGGACCAUCAUCAUACUAGCCGCAGGUGGUCUGUCUCUCGGCAAAGCUGUGCGGUCAUCGGGUCUCCUUCACACUGUGGCGAAAAUGGUGUCGAGCAACGUAGAGGGCAUGAGCCUUUACGUCGUACUGGUGGUCUUCUCGUCACUGAUUCUGGUCAUCGCAACCUUUAUCAGUCAUACCGUGGCGGCCCUCAUUUUUCUUCCUCUUGUCUUUGACGUCGGCAUGUCGAUGGAUCAGCCUCAGCCGAACUUGCUGGUCAUGGGCGGAGUCCUCAUGUGCAGUGCAGCCAUGGGUCUGCCUACCAGCGGCUUCCCAAAUAUGACCGCCAUCAUGAAGGAGGAUGCCACGGGUCAAAGAUACCUUGGAGUAAAGCAUUUCAUCAGCAGAGGCAUCCCCAGUAGUGUGCUCACCCUCAUGGUUGUCAUCACGUUGGGCUACGGAAUCAUGCAGGUGGCAGGUUUAGACUAA